AUGUCAGUGAAAAUUACCGAAGCAGAUCUGAAAGCUGCCCUGCCCGAUGUCACCACCACGAUGCGUUUUUCGGGACUCCACGUCCCCGUUGACGUGUAUCGGGACAAGUGGGGCAUCCCUCACAUCAAGGCUGAGAACGAAAACGACCUGUUUUUUGCACAAGGUUUUGUUACCGCGCAGGAACGACUGUGGCACAUGGAUUCUGAUCGGCAUCGUGCACUCGGCAGAUGGGCGGAGUUCGCUGGGAGUAGUGGUGUCCCUCAAGACCGGCUAUUGCGAGCGGCGGGAAUGGGUCGCACCGCGAAACUCGACUACGAACUCGCCAGUCCUGAAGCCAAGGUUAUGAUUGACGCCUACACCGCUGGUGUGAACGCCUACCUCGACACAGUCCAAACCCUGCCUAUUGAGUACACGAUCCUUGACCAAGCCCCCGAACGAUGGGAGAAUUGGCACUGUCUCGCCGUCUACAAGAUCCGCAAUACCCUUUUGGGAACGUUUGAACCGAAACUCUACCGGACGCGCUUGGUAAAGGCACUCGGUCCCGAAAGACUCGCUGAACUGAUGAAGGGAUACCCGAAUGGUCACCUGCUCACAGUACCGCCGGGCGAAGUUUACGAAGGUCCACCGCUUGAGGGGCUUGAUGAACUGAGCGCGGCGGCUGAGGCGGCAAAUUGGCUUGAUGAGGUAGAUGCGGGAUCAAAUGGCUGGUCGAUCUCCGGCGAGUUGACCGAAUCGGGACUGCCACUGGUGGGCGGCGACUCGCAUCGCGCCCUUGACACACCGAGCGUUUACUACCAAGUUCACCUAUCCUGUCCCGAAUUCACGGUGAUUGGUCACGCUGUACCGGGGAUGCCGGGCGCGCUCCAUUUCUGCCACAACGAAUAUGUGGCGUGGGGGAUGACCCAUGGUGGAGCGGAUACGCAGGACCUCUUCAUCGAACGUUUCCGUGAGGGGGCAAAUUGCCGUGAGUAUCUGUUCAAGGACGAAUGGCACCCCGCCGAGGUGCUUAACGAAACAAUCGAGGUGCGUGGUGCUGACGCAGUACCGCUUGAGGUGACAAUUACCCACCACGGUCCCGUUGUCGCGGGAACCCUGCGUCAGGAAUAG